AUGCCCACCCUGCCCAAGGCCGGCAGCGAGGGCGAUGCCCAGCUGCUGCGGGAGUGGCUGGGGGAGGCCCCUCAGUACGACCCCAGCCAGCCCGAUGUGCUGCCCUACCUGAGGCGGCUGCUGCAGUGGGGGUCGCCACCUGGCGCCCAGCUGGCGGGCGCCAUAGUGGCGGGUGGCAGCGACGGCGAGCCUGCCAGCGUGGAUCUGGCGGUGGUGCACGCUGCGGGGUGCUACCCCCACACCUGGGCCGUGCCGCUGACGGCGGCGGGCGUGCAGGCUGUCAACCGCUGCAUGGCGCAGGCGCCGGCGGCCGACCCGCUGUCCCAGCUGCGCCUGGCUGUCAGCAGGGGCAUGCGCCGCGUGCCCAAGCGGCCCAGGGCGAGCAGCAAGGAGGCUGGGGAGGAGGAGGAGGAGGAGGGAGAGCGGCAGCGCCGCCAGCAGCCGGGCCCCAAGCAGGCCGGGAAGCGGAAGCAGGCGCAGCCGCAGCACCUGCUGCAGCGCAUGCAGGCCGCGCUCGGGCCCGCCCCACCCCAACAGCCGCAGCAGCAGCAGCAGCAGCAGCGGUGGCAGCGGCAGCAGCAGCAGCAGCGGCAGCAGCAGCGGCAGCAGCAGCAUGGCGGCAGCUCUGGGCUGGCGCCUCAGCUGCUUCCGCUGGCCAUGCUGAAGACAGAUUUCCCCUCCCACCGCCUGGUGUGCGUGCUGAGCUGCUUCAGGAAGCUGAUCCCAAGCUGCAGGGAUGUCGGCCCCAGGACCGCUGAGAUGACGUCUAUGGAGGAUCGGUGCAAGGCGCUGGCGCAGCUGCUGGGGCCCGGGGCACCCCAGUACUCAACAGACACGCACCUGUGGGCAUAUGUGGAGCAGCUGCUGCAGUGGGGGUCUCCACCUGGCGCCAGGCUGGCGGGCUGCGUGGUGCGCCACCCCCGCCAGCACUACGCCAGCGUGGACCUGGCGGUGGUGCACGCGGCGGGCUGCUACCCCGAUGCCUGGCAGGUGCCGCUGACGGCGGCCGGCGUGCAGGCCGCCAACCGCGUGGCGGCGGCGGCCGGCAGCACGCAGCGGCCUGCGGGCACGCCUGCCGCUCCGCCGGCGGCAGGCGCGGCGCCUGCGCCGUCGGCGGCCCGGCAGGCGGGGCAGCGCGGCUGGGCGCAGGACCGCCAGGGCUGGUGGCGGCGGCGGCUUUCGGCCACGGCCGUGGGGGGCCGCCAGAAUCCCAUCGCGCUCGAUGCCGACACGUUCCGGGCGCUGACGGGGAGGCUGCCCGCCACGCCGAGCGACAGUCUGGAGGUUGCCGCGGAGCGGGGUGGCGCCUCCUACCGCAUGAGCUACCACCAAGUCAGUGGGGCCGCCAGCCGCCAGCUCCGGGGGGCUCAGGUGGGGGCAUGGGUGAAGGACAGCGGCGCCCAGGAAGGCGACAUCAUGGCCCUGAAGCGAGAUGGAAAAAGGGUGCUGGUGAAACGCAUUCCCGGCGCCAGCAGCGGCACGGCAGCAGCAGCGGCGAUGGCGACGGCAGCCUCGCCGCGGGCAGCGGCAGCUGGGGCCAAGGCAGGCCGGGGCGCGGCUUCGUCGCGGGGCGGCGGCGGCGGCGGCGGCGGCGCGGGCCCGUCGCAUGCGCCGCAGAAGCACCAGCACGGCGGCGAGCUGCUGCCCAUGCCCACGCCGACCAGGCGCUGCCCCUCAGAGGACCUGCGCUGCGUGCUGGCCUGCUUGAAGCGAAUCAUCCCCAGCACCAGGGGAGCAGCCCAGCAUGCGCACACCAGCAGCAGCGGCGACGCCCAGACGCUCAGGAGGCUUCUGGGUGAGGCUCCCGCCUUCGAUCCCACCCAGCGCAGCCCCUUUGAGUUCCUGCAGCACCUGCUGCGCUGGGGCGCCCCGCCCCGCGCCCACCUGGCGGGCUGCUUCAUCAGCAGCGCAUCCGCCUGCGGCGACGACGGCCAGGCGGACGCAGUCAACCUGAGCGCGCUGCACGCGGCGGGCUGCUACCCCCACACCUGGGCCGUGCCGCUGACCAAGAAGGGCGUGCAGGGCGCCAACGGUCGGGCAGCAGAGGAGAUCGCUGCCGACCCCGGAGCCAUGGUGCUGGAGGCUCUGGCCCAGGGAUUGCAGCACGCGCGCGGCUCUGCGCUGACCCAGGCACGCGACCGUGCGCUGCUGCAAGGCCGUAGCGACGCCAAGUGCGAGAGCCCGGCACGUGGCGGCGGCGGCGCCGCCAAGCGUGCCAAGACCGACGCGCGUGGCGCCGGGCCGGGGAAGCAGCAGCAGCGGGAGCAGCAGCAGGUGCAGCAGGCUGGCAGCCGCAAGCGCAAGCAGGCGGCCGACGAGGCGGCAGCAGACGAGGAGGGCGAGGCGGGACGGCCAGCCGGCAAGCGCCACAGGCGGCGGCGGCAGCAGCAGCAGCAGCAGCAGCAGCAGCAGCAGGCGGCUGCUCCUCAUGUGGGCGGCGGGGACGCAGGGCAGCCAUCCAGCAGCGGUGGCGCCGGCAGCAAGGCGGGGGCGGCGCCAGCGAGCAAGCCGUUUGCGGGCCCCUCGGGGGCAGCGCCUGUGCCCGGAGCACGCCCUUUGGAUGACAUCAUGGCCCAAGCAGCCGAGCGCAAGGUGCAGCAGGCGCUGGCGGCGUUCGCGGCGGCCGACAUGCAGAGCGGCGACAGCAUGCUGCGCCCGCUGCAGCUGCUGGUGCUGGCGGGCAAUGGCGGCCAGACGCUGCGGGAUGUGGUGCACAGCUGGCGCAGCUAUGGCCUGGCGCAGCAGCAGGACGUGUUUGACGCGGUGCUGCUGCGGGCGGGGAAGCGGGAGUGGGACCUUCUGGAGGCGCAGCUGAGGCUGGCUCUCGAGACGGUGACCUGA